AUGAGAAUGGAAUGUAGUCUGUCAACUUACAAAGAAAGGAAAGAAAUGUGAAAUUCUUAUUCAGUCAUCUUCUCCAAAUGUAAACGACAGAUCCUCUUCUUUUCUUUCCUCAAUCUUACAGUUUUAAGGCCGCCCUUCUUCCCGAACCCGAGAUUUAGGCGACCUUUCCUCCAAAGUAAGGGCUGAAAAAAUGCGUUCAAAACUCCCUCCAAAUUUAGCAGAGAUACAAUUAAAGAUGCUUCAUUUCUCGAUGGAAAACAUGGAGGUCGCCUCCUGGCCCCCUUGAGUUAGCCCAUUCCCUUAUGCGGAGAUUCCAAGCGUUUUCUAGGGUUUUCCUGUUCCCAGUUUUCGUUCUUGGGAAAAAAACGGGUACCUUAGAUUCGCUUCUUUCUUCCCUACUUCGUCUCGGAAUAUGGUCUAGAAGAGGGAUUUCAUCACUUAACGUUCAGCUCUGCUGGUAGUAUAUUAAAUCAGCCAAAAUGGGGCUGAAAAUAUCAACACAGGGGCCAGGCACAAUAGGGAACCUGGUGGAGUUCCAUCAUCCUUAUUAUUUGCUUAAUUAUCUCACCAGAACGCUCUACAUCCAUCACCUGGUCUCCAAGCAACGGAGGCGAAUGCUUGUUGGAGGAUAUGACCUUGAUAUGUCAUAUAUCACAGACCGCUUGUUGGCAAUGUCAUUUCCUGCAGAACACAUGCGAGCAAUGUACCGAAAUCCACUCUGGCAGGUCAAGUCUGUGCUAGACAUGAAACAUCUGGGGCACUACAAGGUUUACAACUUGUGUGCAGAGGAAAGUUAUGAUCCAUCACAUUUCCAUGGAUGUGUGGAGAUUUUCCCAUUUGAUGACCACCAUGUCCCAUCCCUCCCAAUGAUCAAGCUCUUCUGUGAAAGUGUGCAUUCAUGGCUUUCUCUUGAUCCACAAAAUAUUGCAGUUAUACACUGCAUGGCAGGAAAAGGUCGGACAGGCUUAAUGGUAUGUGCCUACUUAAUCUAUUGUGGCAUGUCGGCAGAGGAAGCUCUUCAGCUGUAUGCACAAAGACGAACUACCAACAAUGAAGGAGUUUCGAUAGCAAGCCAACUCCGUUAUGUGGAAUACUGGUCCAAAAUAUUAACUUUUCCAAGGGGAGUUGGUAAUGGACCACCUGAUGUGAACUUACCUCAACCAUGUAGCAGGGAAUUGCGACGAAUCCGACUUUAUGACACGGUUAACACUGACUCGGUUUUUUUUGUGAUCUCAGAGGUACAGGAGAUCCCUGGCCAACUUUACCGUCCAUAUGUGGAAGUAUGUAGGAAUGGUUGCAGACAAAUCAAGAAAGGAUAUCAAAGAACUAACAGCCAAUGUUAUUACCUCUCCUUCAUUAAUAAUGAUGAGGAUUCAAAGGAGACAAGUGAUGUACCUCAUGUUGUUGUACAAAUGGAUACAGAAAAUCCAGUUAUCUACCAGAAGACGUGUCUAGACUACUGCUUCGAUAAACCUUUACAGGUCACUGGAGAUGUGAGGGUAGUUUUUUACCAAAAAAUGAUUGGAGGGCGUCUCUUCUAUGCCUGCUUCAAUACAGCUUUUAUCACAAAUAGCGUACUACAGUUCUCCAUACGGGAUUUGGACAAAGUUGGGUACAAGGGUAAAUCUGUAUGUGGCUCUGCCUUCUGUGUUGAAUUGCUGUUUGGCCCUGCUAAUGCAAGAUGUUCAUUAUCACCUCCAAUGAAUAAUGAUGAUGAUGAUGUUAGCAAAGAUUUCUUGUAAACUCCCCAUGAAACAGAACCUUGGUUCAUGCCAUAUAAAUAGAUGCUUGUUUUCUAUUUUUCUCAUUGAUUGACCUGGGAGUGAAUGCACGAUAUCAGCACCCUGCCUGGCAUUCUUGUUUCUCAGAGUGCAAUUAUGGCUGCAGCCUUGCAACAGAUUGGGUCAUACCAACUAGGUACAAAGCCCGAGUACUGAUAAAUUUGGUUAGUGAAUUCAAUGUGCCUCAGGUUCGAAUCACCAUUUUUUCCUUUUGUUCCUUGAUCCAAGUCAUCAAUGUGCCUUAAGUUCGAGUCACCAUUUUUUCCGUUUUUUUUUAUGCUUGAUCAAGUUAUCAUACUCGCAACAGAUGGAGAUUUUCCAUAUUGCAUUCAGACGUUUCUGUUCUGUGAAAAGAGAUGCUGAUUUUUUUGUUUUUUAUUUUUAAUUUUUGAAAAGCAAAUGACAUGCUGUUUGAUGUCCUUUAUAGAGGGCAAUACGAGUAUUAUGGAAAUUCUUUUCAUAUACAA